UAUUGGUGACGAAUCGCCCAAGGCCGUUAUCGAAGCUGGCAGGCGAACGCCUGUACUGAUAUAGAGAUACCUACAUAUGUGAAGAAGCUAUGUAUUUGUGCCAUAUAUACAGGCACCCACGCACCGCUACAUUUGUACGCGCAAACAACGCACGUUAUCAAAAUCGAAAAAGCUAUUUUGGGGUCGAUAAAAAGUUUUGAGCUAUGGCCCGGUGGCCUCCGCAUAAAACCAAAUUCAGAACAGUCCGGGCACAAGCACCCGCUAUAGGCACACGUAAUUGGCGUCAGGAAUACCACACUGUCAGUAUCAUCACAUCUCGUUCAUCAGUACGCGCUGAAUUCCACGCGGAGAGCGAGAGAGCCAGAGAGCGUAAGCUUGCCCAGAAUCGCAUCUGCAUCGGGUAAAAUCGGUAACCCCAUGUUUAAUUUGUUAGUAUGACGGCGAUAAUACUCCUGGCCUGCCACUCUGUACGCGAGCUCGUCGAUCUGUCAGAUGCGCUGUGGCACAACGCCUUCAACAUCGAGCGAAGUUUAAACUAUUACCGCAUCAAGCGCCGCUUGCAACUGUUUCGAUUUCACUGCCGCGAGUUUUGGUUGCGUCAGUCCCUGAGUGACUCCGUCUCCAUGCAUCGGAGGACGGACAUCGAUUUUGCAGCCGUUGAGGCGGGUGCAGAAUGCACGGAUAGAACCUUCGACGACUCCGCGAGGGAGCUGCACGCAAGAUUCCAGCAGGCGGAGGGCCGACACCUAGCGCCUUUGGACUGGGACAUCGAGGUGGUGGAUGGAGAAGAACUCAAAGCCUCAUUUUACGACUACGCAGAUCCAGUGCCAAAGUACUUCAACGAUCAAAUUGGCCAAUUGAGCGAAGGGGUCAGUUUUACCGUUACUGGAAGUCUAGCGGUAAAUUGUGAGAGGUUCUCCAUCAAUCUUGUUCACAACAACGAGACUCGAGAUGUGGCGCUUCACAUUAAUCCGCGUUUGCCACAAAACUAUAUUGUCCGUAACACCAAAGUACAGGAUAUAUGGGGCAGCGAGGAAGUCUCCUCGGCAUUGCCCUUCCUUCUUACUCGCGGCGAUAAGUUUUCUAUUCAAGUGCUUGUUACUGAGGCCUGCUAUAUGAUAUCGGUAAACGGUCAGCAUUUUGCAACGUACGCUCAUCGCAUUCCUUAUAGGAAUGUCAGCAUUCUGGAAGUCAAAGGAGAUGUUGGCAACGUGGAAAUGCAGCGAACUUUGGUCUUAAACUAUCCUCAACGCUUACCCGAGUCGGGGGCGAAAAACAUUGAGCUCCAUAUAAACGACGAGAUUGAUGAAAUUGACGCCAGUGUAGAGGAAACUGUCAAAAUACCUCAUGAGUGGUGCCUUAUUGGCGCGCCGACCACACAGUCGGAAAGUUCGCCCAAGAGUACCCACAGUUCAAAUGACUUUGGGCUUACCUUGCCCUACUAUGGAGCACUGCCGCCAAAUUCUUUGGUCGAAGGUCGAUGUCUGAAAAUUGAAGGGCGAGUGCGCCUGCUCCCACACUCCUUCUACAUAAACUUACAAAAGGGGCAGGACAUUUGGCCGCAUCCAGUCGUAGCAUUCCACCUCAAUCCACGCUUUUCGAAAGCGAGCAGCGGUGCCAUAGGCAAGGCGGUGGUGUGUCGAAAUGCCUGGUUUGACGGAAGUUGGGCACAAGAGGAACGUUCGGAGUUUGACACAAACUUUCGUCCCGGCAGACCUUUCAGUUUGGUCAUUGUGUGCACCAAAAACUCCUAUGAGGUGUAUGUAAAUCGGCAGUUUAUGACAGAUUUCAAGUAUAAGGUCAGCCCUUCGUUGGUGGAUACCGUCUAUAUACAAGGAGAUGUGAAGCUGUGGAAUGUAACGCUGGAACAGAAUCCCCUGGUUAAGGGCAAAAAUGUACGCGUCUAUCACAACCCUUUGUACACUGAUGAGUAUUAGUUAACUGUGACUAGGCAUCAACAACCAACGUAAAUGGUUUUAUUUCUUUGUUCUUGUUUUCUCAGUAAUUAAGCGACAAUAAUUAAGUGAUAGGCUGCUGUUUUUCAUAAUUUCUAAACAAUGUAAUAUUUUGUGUCAAUUAAAGUUACGGGGAUAUUACCCGGUUUCUAUUAUUGUAA